GCGAGAGAGGGUCUCGCGGCAUAAUUGAGAAAAUUGGGUCAAUUCCAAUACUGACUCGAGGUGUCCCAUUAAUUUGAGUCAUGCAGGCCACAUGCCGUCAGUUGGGACUUGGCGCCAGUCGCGAGAGCACUUGCUCUGGGCCAGGAUGGAGGGAUGCAGUGACAGUGUCCAGGGGAGUAUCAAGGAGAUCCUCAAGGUGCUGGACCGCAGGAAGGAGGAGUGCGACGAGCGGAAAGUGAAUGCGCGCCAGAGAUGGAGGAUCCUGGCCAAGGCGAUCAAGUGGCGAUUCCCCUCGGUGCCCCGAUUCGGGGGCUUUGAUCUCGUCAGCAUCAGGCAGAUCGCGCUAGAGCAUCCUGAGAACUGGAAUGAGUACAAAAUCAUCCUGGGCACGGGAUACACGGUGAACGUGCACCGCAUGAGGCCGAAGAUCACGGCGAAGGAUCUGAUGGGAUUCAACAACACGGGCAACAUUUGCCUGUGGCCCAGCGAGGAGGCGCUCUCGUAUUACAUACUGGAGAACCUCAAGGACUUCCAGGACAAGUGGGUUCUCGAGCUGGGCGGCGGCAUGACGUGCCUGGCGGGACUUCUGGUGGCGAAGUAUGGCAAUCCGUACGGCGUCCACCUCACGGAUGGCAACAACAUCUCCGUGGAUAACGUCCGGAGAUCUCUGCGCCUCAAUCCGAUCAAUUGCUACAUAAAGUGCUCUAAUUUGCCUUGGGAGCGCUCUCGAGAACUCCAUCCGGGCGAUGAGAGCAAGUUCGACUACAUCUUCUCGGCGGAUUGUGUGUUUUUCGAUGAGUCGCGGUCUGCCCUAGUGGAUGCCAUUCAGUUCUUCCUGGCUCUGGAGGGGACUGCUCUCGUGAUAGCCCCGAAACGGGGCCAGACGCUGGACUUAUUCGCCUCUGAGGCUUCGGCAAGGGGACUGAAGUGCCGCCCGAUGCGGAAAUACAGUGAUAUUGUGUGGAUGAAGCACCUGGAGUUGACAAUGACGGCGCAAUACUGUGAAGACAUGCACUAUCCCAUUUUGGUUCUGGUUACUAAGAUUUAGAGAUUGUUCCCACAGAUAUUUGCAAUGCAUUCCACAAGUUCUUGGCAUGAUUUUUGCUCUCGUUCUUUCUAAUGUGAUUAUCAGUUCAGGCUGGGGCGAUUGGGUCUAAGAAUAGAGCUGCAAUUGCUCCCUCCUGUUUCUUUAUCUCAGUGCGAUUGAUUCAUAUGCUAAUUACAACCUUUUCUCGCCUUUUCCACAAGGGCUGACUAUUGGAAGUCCAAUGAGAGGAAGUUUUGUGACUUCUGCAAGUGCUGGAUUGCCGACAAUAAGCCCAGUAUCCAAUUUCACGAGAAUGGACGGCGACACAAGGCGAAUGUGGAGAAGAGGAUAUCGGAAAUUAGUAAGAAGGCGGCAAAGGAUGAGAAGAGCAAAAAGAAGAUGGACAUCGAGC